GAAGAUUCAAAGUUUUUGUUCAGUUUUUUGCUUUAACUCUGACCGACUAUGUUUGGCUUUCACAAGUCAAAGAUCUACCGGAGUAACGACGGCUGCUGCAUCUGCAAGACCAAGUCCUCCAGUUCACGCUUCACAGACAGCAGUCGAUAUGAAGAAACAUUCAGGCUCUGCUUUGGGUUGUCAGAGGAUCGUGUUGGAGACAUCUGCAACGCCUGUGUGUUACUGGUGAAGAGGUGGAAGAAGCUGCCUAAUGGCUCCAAGAAGAACUGGAACCAUGUGGUGGAUGCCAGAGCUGGACCGGGCUUCAAGGUGACAAAACCCAAGAAGAUCAAGAACAGUGAUGGGAAGAAGAAAAGCAAGCUAAAGAAGCUUCACAAGUUAAAGAGACUAAACUCAGAUGCCCACAGUACGACCUCCAGUGUGUCUCCUGCCCAGUCACCCAGCUACAGCAACCAAUCAGAUGACGGCUCAGACAUCGAGUCCAAACAGAGACGCUCAACUCCGUCUAUCUUCUCUUUCUUGGACCGUUCCUACUGGAAAAGGUAAGUAAACUUAAUUUAUUCUUAUUAGACGACAUGAUGGGACAAGUUUAAACUGAUUAAUCUUCUUCAUAUGUUAAAUAACUUUGAUAUUUUCUGUAGGCAAAAGGUGUGCUGCGGAAUUGUUUACAAGGGGCGAUUUGGAGAGGUGAUCAUCGACCCUCGACUUUUCAAGCCCUGCUGCAGCUCCAGAAAACAGAGCACACUGGCAUCAACGCAAGUGGCCACACACCUUCCAGACACACUUCCUCCACAGCUCCCCGAAGACAUUAAAGAAACCUGGUGAUUGCUUUUGUUGAAUCCUUCUGUCGGGUUAUCCAUGGCAUUCACCUGGAUUUGUCUCCAGUGGCAGACUCCCUAUUUUC